GAACAACAUGUAAACUUGUGCAUUUUACCGAACAGAGUAUGAACAAAGUAUAAUGAGCUGAUUUAUAUGCACUAAAUAACAGCGUGAGUGUUUCACAGUCCUGGAAGAGGAGCACCUUGAACUAUGAACACAACUGCUCCAUUGGUUAAAGAUUCCUAUAGUUAUGAUAGUCACAAUCUUUAUGGUUGGAUUUGCUUCAAUAAAACAUCUCAAGGCCACCUGACAUCUGAUUGAUUUUGAUUCUGAUUUCACUUCCACAUUUGUUGAUUCAGCAUCAUAUUAGUGAGGGAUGCUUGGGCCUAAAAAAAAUCACCAAGUACCAAGUUGGAUGAAAUAGAUUCAACAGCCUGCUGGAAACAUUCCUCAGGGAUUUUGCUAAGAUCAUACAGAUCUGCCGGCCAUGUGUUCAUGUUGUUUACACCAAAUUCUGACCCUACCCUCCAAAUGUUGCAGAAACUGAGACUCUUCAGAUCAGGGAGCACUUCACCAAUCCUCUAUUGUGCAGUUUUGGUGAAUCAGUGUGAAUUGUAGCCUCACUUUUAUAUUUUUAGCUCACAGGAAUGGCAUGUGGUUUGUUCUUCUGCUGCUGAUCGACCUGAUAGAUCACCAGUUUCUGAAAUACCAGCCUGUCUCGCACCGAUAACCACGCCACGGUCAAAGUCACUUUCAUCACAUUCUUGAUGUCAAUCAUUCAGGUAAGUAGACCCCAAAAGGUUGAUUCUCUUCAUUUGGACGUUGCAUUUUUAGUGGGAGAGCUGAAACGUUUCUCCCACUGAAAACGCUACACACGCACAUUCCUCAUUCUGAUGCUAAGUUUGAACUUCAGCAGGUUGUCUUGAUCAUAUCUACCUAUCUAAAUGCAUUAAGUUGCUGCAAUAUGAAUGGCUGAUUAGAUAUUUGCACUAACAAGCAGCAGAUCAAGUGUACCUAAUAAGGUGGUCAGUUCGGUUCACUGGCCCAUCUGACAUUUUAAAUGUUAUUUUUCUGAAUAUUUAUUUUUUUAUCAUAUUUACUUUACAAAUAUAAGCUUUUAAAAAAAGAAUGUGUUAAGAGCACCAGAGCACUUUCCCAUAAACUGCUUCAUUGAUUACAAGAGGAAGAAACAUGAUGCCCAUAUAUACAAAUCAAAAAUGAUUUACAUUACACUGAAUACAUCAUCAUCAUGUUUGGGAUUUCAUGAAUCUAUUUAGGCCACAAACUGUUCAAUGAAAACAGAUCUACAGACCCGUGGAGCAACACUACAGCCAACCAGUGAUGAUUGAUUUCACUGGUUUGGUUCUGCUUUGUUUUGUCUGCAGGCAUUUUUAUAUCACACUCACACACUUUUAUUUCUGACACUCAGAAUAUAAAAACACACCCCGUUUUGUGAAACCACUCCUCUUCCUGGAAUUCUUUGAACCAUAAAACAGCCUCCCCCUUCUUCCUGUUUGCCCUUUGGUCAGCAUAACUUCCUGUUUUCUGAUCCUUCCAAAUAUAUGCCAGCGUGCAGAUGUUUGUAAUUAACACACCAUAACUGACAAGAUAGCAAAGCAAGAAAAAGGAACUGAGUUUUGGUUUGGAUCGGGUGGCAGGAAGUGAAACUCUCACACACUCACUAUCUCUGAGGUAAAAUGGCGCAGCGAGGAAUUCAACUCGACCAGGACAAACUCUGCUGUUCGAUCUGUUUGGAUCUACUGAAAGAUCCUGUGACUAUUCCCUGCGGACACAACUACUGCAUGAACUGCAUCAAAUGCUGCUGGGAUAGAGGUGAUCUGAGGGAAAUCCCCAGCUGCCCUCAGUGCAGACAGACCUUCAUACCAAGACCUGCUCUGGUGAAAAACACCAUGUUGGCAGAGUUGGUGGAGGAGCUGAAGAAAACCGGACUCCAAACUCCUCCUGCUGAUCACUGUGAUGCUGGAUCUAAAGAUGUGGCCUGUGAUUUUUGCAUUGGGGAAAAAAUGAAAGCUGUCAAGUCCUGUCUGCAGUGUCUGGUCUCUUACUGUGAGCAGCACCUCCAGCCUCACUAUGAGUCUCCUGCCUUCAAAAAGCACCAGCUGGUAGACCCCUCCCAGAUGAGAAUUAUCUGCCCUCGCCACAAUGAGGUGAUGAAGAUAUUCUGCCGCACUGAUCAACAGUGCAUUUGUUAUCUGUGCUCCAUGGAUGAGCAUAAAGGUCACUGCACUGUCUCCGCUGAAGCAGAAAGGAAAGAGAGGCAGAAAGCACUCGGGGCAAGUCAUGAAAAACUCCAGCGGAGAAUCCAGGAGAGAGAGGAAGCAAAGAGAGUGUUUCAGCAGGAGGUGGAGGCCAUUAAUCACUCUGCUGAUAAAGCUGUGAGGUGCAGUGAGAAGAUUUUCACUGAACUGAUUAAAACGAUUGAGAAAAGAAGCUCUGAUGUGACCCAGCAGAUCAGACUUCAGCAAAAAACUGAGGUCAGUCGGGUUAAAGAGCUUCAGGAGAAGCUGCAGCAGGAGAUCUCUGAGCUGAGGAGGAGAAACACUGAGCUGGAGCAGCUUUUCCACACGGAGGACCACACACAGUUUCUCUGCACUUACACCUCACUGUCACACAUCAGCGAAUGGACAGAUUCACCGAGCAUCAACAUCCGUCCUCUGCGCUACUUUGAGGAUGUGACAGCAGCUGUGUCAAAAGCCAGGGAUAAAAUGCAGGAAAUUUUUAGUGAUGUUUAUGCCAACAUCUCACUGACAGUGAGUGAAGUGGAUGUUUUACUGCCACAACCAGAUCCCAAAACAAGAGCUACGUUCUUACAGUAUUCCUGUCAGCUCACACUGGAUCAGAGCACGGCAAACUCAUUAUUGAUAUUGUCUGAAGGGAACAGGAAAGCAACAGGAAUGCCCACUUUGCUAGCGGCAGUGCAACUGGCAGUGGAUUUAUAUGCCAACAAACCAGAAUCGCAUGCUUUCACUAACAGGUUUCAGGUGCUGAGCAGAGAGACUCUGACUGGACGUUGUUACUGGGAGGUGGAGUGGAGCGGAGGAGGGGUUACAGUGGCAGUCACAUACCGGGAUAUCAGCAGGAAGCAGCAAGAUGAAAGUGAAUUCGGACACAAUGACAAAUCCUGGGCUUUGCAAUGUGUCAACCAAAGAUGCUUUUUCAAACAUAACAAAAGAAAGACUCCCAUUUCAGUCUGCCGGCCGUCCAGAGUAGGAGUGUACCUGGAUCACAGAGCAGGGAUUCUGUCCUUCUACAGCGUCUCUGGCACCAUGACUCUCCUCCACAGAGUCCAGACCACAUUCACUCAGCCCCUCUGUGCCGGACUCGGACUAGAUAUGGGAUCCACUGCUAAGCUGUCUGACCUCAAAUAGACUGGAGUUAUUUAAC